AUGCAUUUAGGAAACAAUACAAAAGAAAGGAGUAUCUCCACUGCCCGCAGAGUCAUCCAAAAUGUAAAAUCAGAGAAUAGUGAAAGUGAGUAUGCCCCAGAAGACUUUUUCUGUUUACCAGUUGCUAAAAAGAAAUCAAAAAAAUCCUCAUGCAUGGAAGAAAUUGAAUUGUAUUUGAAGUCCAACUGUCAAGAUUUAUCUUUGCUACAUACACACCCAGCAGUAUUAAAAGUUUUUUUGGAGUAUAACACACCAAUCCCGUCGAGCGCACCAGUUGAAAGGCUUUUUUCCACAGGGUCAAAUGUUAUGACGGUAAAAAGAAACAAGUUGAGUGAUUCAUUGUUUGAAAAAUUAGUUCUUCUCAAACAAAACAAAAUGUCAGUGUAUAAAUAUUUUUUCAAAUAA